GCCACUGGCUGUAGUAUUCCUCUUUAAAAACCCUGUCUGAAAAUGUCAUGUCCCAACAAUGUGACUCCUAACUCGUUUUUGAUGGACUCGUUGGCCGGUAGCUGCAGAGGAGACAAUUAUUCCACCAGCCCAGGGAUGUAUCUGCAGACUGGGAGCGAAUUCAGCUGUGGGAUGAUGAGAAACUGUGGAAUUGUCCCGUCUCUUUCCAAAAGGGACGAUGUGAAUAACCCUGGCUUGUCUCUCAACACCUACCCAUCUUACCUUUCUCAACUGGACAAUUGGUGUGACCCUAAAAAUACUUACAGGAUUGAACAACCUGUUGCAAGGCAGCUCUCCUCUUGCUCUUUCCCUACCAAUGUCAAGGAGGAAAAUGUGUGUUGUAUGUACAACACUGAUAAAAGAGCGAAAAAUGCCACCGAGGCUGCCCUCUACCCAAACCAGAUGCCAGAGACUCGCCCAAGUGACCAUGAAGUUCCUGUCCCCAGUUACUACCGAGCCACUCAAGGUUACCCAAUGGACAAGACCCCCAGCUGUCACAGCACAGGCGACUUUGAGACAAGUUUUGAGAAUAGGACGAGUGUUAACGCCAGAAGUGACAUCUUGGAGCAACAACAAGCUGUUGGAAAGGGAGGGUUCCCCGAAAAUACCAAGACAGAUAACCAGACCCUGGCCACCAACCUUAGCACCAGCUCCAGCUCUUCCAGUGAUAUAAAGACAGAGAAAAGUCUCCCAGCUCCCAAGCUGCCACCCUCAGAAGGGGACAAGGAGCUCAGCAAGAACACAGACACCAGCACCGACAAUUCUGACACCGAAGCAAAAGAGGAUAUAAAGGCAGAAAACGCUGCAGGAAAUUGGCUGACAGCUAAGAGCGGAAGAAAGAAAAGGUGUCCUUAUACUAAGCACCAGACGCUGGAACUGGAAAAGGAGUUCUUGUUUAAUAUGUACUUGACCCGCGAGCGCCGCCUAGAGAUUAGUAAGAGUAUCAACUUAACAGACAGACAAGUGAAAAUCUGGUUUCAGAACCGCAGGAUGAAAUUAAAGAAGAUGAACAGGGAGAACCGAAUUCGGGAACUGACUUCCAAUUUUAAUUUUACUUGAGCUUCAACAAAAAAAAAAGGGUAAUAAGAAAGAAAAAAACAAAAAAAAAACAAAGACCCCAAGACAGAAAUGGCAACUCCCCUACCCCACCCUAAAAAGAAAUUCCUAACAAAAAAAAAAUCCAAUCGAAUUGUACGUUUUCUAAGUUGUUAUUGAAAAGCAUAUAAAAACAACUUGUAAGUAUUACCGUUAAGUAGCCCUCCUGUUAUUUUGGCUAUUUCCAGGCUGUAGAUAAACAUCGAUAUAAAGCAUGAUCAUAUAUUGCAUCCCCUGUUCCUAUGUACAAAGCCAGCUCCUGAAAAGGCAUUUUAAGUUAUUUACUUCCAGCACAAACUGAGAGACAUUUUUUUUUUUUUAUAACUUUUCUUUUGGCAAAUUACCUUAUAGCGGAUGCCCAAAAAAAAAAAUUGCGUUUUAAAGUUUGCUCCAUCGGUGUAACCUGUAUAUUGUAUGGCGAAGCAGAAUGACAAACUGAUUUUAAAUGUUUGCAAAUGAGCUGCUGAAGUGAGGUUUUGGACAUUACAUAUAUAUAAAUAUAUAUAUAAAAAUACACUUAAAUAUAAUAUCUUGUGCAGUUCCAUUAACUGGGCGACUGCAUAUUUAAGUAAGGGAGGGGGGGAGAAUAGUAUUGCUACUCCUUUAAAAAAAAAA